AUGUUCCGCGCCGCAGCCCUCGUCUCCUUUGUCUUCCUCGCGACCGUGUCUGCCCAACAAGCCGGCACGUCCACCGCGGAGACCCACCCUGCGCUCUCGUACCAAACUUGCACCGCUUCCGGUGGAUGCUCCACCGUGGCAGGCAGCGUCACUCUUGACUCCAACUGGCGCUGGGUUCACAACGUCGGCGGCUACACCAACUGCUACACCGGUAACGAGUGGGACGCAACCCUCUGUCCCGACCCAGAGACGUGCGCGACAAACUGCGCUCUCGACGGCGCCGACUACUCCGGCACCUACGGCAUCACGUCCUCCGGCUCCGCGCUCACCCUCGCGUUCAAGACCGGCUCCAACGUCGGCUCGCGCGUCUACCUCAUGAAGGACGAGUCUACCUACGAAACGUUCAACCUGCUCAACAAGGAGUUCACCAUGGACGUCGAUGUUUCCAAGCUCCCCUGCGGUCUCAACGGCGCCGUCUACUUCUCUGCCAUGUCCCCCGACGGUGACACCUCGUCGACCAACACCGCCGGCGCCAAGUACGGUACCGGCUACUGUGACUCGCAGUGCCCGCGCGACCUUAAGUUCAUUGAGGGCAAGGCCAACCUCAUUGGCUGGAACGGCACCUCCGCUAACUCCGGCACCGGUUCCACCGGCGCGUGCUGUACCGAGAUGGACAUUUGGGAAGCCAACUCCAUCUCCGAGGCCGUCACUCCCCAUCCUUGCGAGGGCACCAGCAUCACCGCCUGCACCGGCGACGAGUGCACCUCGACUUGUGACCAGGCCGGGUGCGACUUCAACUCCUUCCGUAUGGGCAACACGUCCUUCUACGGCCCGGACAUGAUCGUCGACACCACCAAGCCUAUAACCGUCGUCACCCAGUUCCUCACCAACGACAACACCACGACCGGCACCCUCUCCGAGAUCCGCCGCAUCUACGUCCAGAACGGCAAGGUCAUCCAGAACUCGCAGUCGACCAUUCCCGGCGUCACCGGUAACUCGAUCACCGACUCGUGGUGCGCGGCGCAGAAGACCGCCUUCGGCGACACCAACACCUUCCAGCAGCUCGGUGGGCUCGAGCAGCUCGGCAAUGCGUUCGCGAAGGGCAUGGUCCUCGUCCUCUCGAUCUGGGACGACUACGCCGUCAACAUGCUCUGGCUCGACUCUGACUACCCGACCACCAAGGACGCGUCCUCUCCCGGUGUUGCCCGCGGUACCUGCUCGACCUCCUCCGGUGUGCCCGCCCAGGUCGAGGCCAACGGCGCCAGCAUCUCGGUCACCUACUCGAACAUCAAGGUAGGCGACAUCGGCUCGACGUUCUCCGCAACCGGCUCUUCCACCGGUUCGUCAGGAUCCGGCUCCACCGGCACCACCACCGCCCCGGCCGGCUCUUCCCCGACCGGCGGCAGCGGCAGCGGUGGUUCCGUCGCGAAGUACGGCCAAUGCGGAGGCACAGGCUUCACUGGACCGACCUCGUGCGCGUCUGGCUCGACCUGUACCGUGUUGAACCCCUACUACUCGCAGUGCCUCUAA